AUGAGGAGGAAGAUUGUUUCAUCUUGCAUUUCGAGAUUAAAGUCGAAAUCUGGAGAUUAAAGUUGAAAUACUUCGACAGUCAAGUUGAACAAUUUCGAGACUAAAGUGCAAAUGUCGACAUUAAAGUUGAAAUGUCGAGAUUAAAGUUGAAACAGCCAUAAACGACCGUGUUGUGGUUCCAGUUCUGCUGUCACACUUCCACGUUAACUUACGUUAGCAAAGCUACGCUAGCUCCGGUUUGGGGAACAGAGUGGCCAUUGGAGGCGGAUACCGGACAUGCCGCUUCUCUCUCAGAUGAAUGUCGGACCCACGGACGCGGGCCUGUGAUGUUGUGCCGUUUCAUGUCCAGAACCUGUGGAGCCUGUGGAGGUGUUGUGAUGGGCGGGGCUCAAAGUCAGAGAGAGAGAAGAGGUGGACAGUACAUGAUGCUGUCAUUCAACACAUCAAUAGUCCAGAGAGGAGAGCAGCUGUCGCUCUGCAGGUGGCGCAGUAUGGAUCCAUCUCCCUGUCCUCACGAGCUGCAUCACCACCCGGUCGACACGAUGGCUCCCGGUCAGGUGUUCGAGGUGACCGUCCACACCUCACCUGGUCCCACUAGUGGAACCUUCAACCGCCUGUGGCUCAACCUGAUUGGCUCGCAGGGAGAGACUCCGCCCCUCAGAGUGAACCAGGGCAAACAUCACCUCUUGGCUGGUUCAGCGUGUCCAGUCCUGGUCCAGGUCGAUAGUUCUCUCGGUCGCCUGGUUCUGGUCCGGCUCCGGCUCGAGGCUCAGGCGGGAUGCCCAAACCUGGACUGGCACUGCAGCCGUGUGGAGGUCCGCAGGCUGGCUGAGGGAUCGGGGUCCAGACCUGAGGAUCCAGAAACACAGGUUUUCCUGUGUGACAGGUGGCUCCGAGCAGCAGAUGGCGACGUAACGCUACGGAGUGGAAAGUUGAUGCUGCAGCAGGACGAGACAGACGAGAAGCUGAAACAGCGGAGACUCGAGCAGCUGCAGCUUCAACAGAAGCGCUUCAGGUGGGCUACGUUUGUCGAAGGCGCUCCUCGGUGCAUGGACGCGAAGAGUCUGUCAGAACUCGGGCCGAACUUCAGCUACAGCCACAAUAGUCUGAACCUGAACCUUCACUACCUGAAAGGCUUCGUUGGCCGAGCCGAGGCCUGGACCAGUUUCUCUGAGCUGGAGAUGGUUCUGACCCACAGUGCACAGCAGAACAGCACCGCCAUGUUCAUCAGGUCUCACUGGAUGGACGACUGGUACUUCGGCCACCAGUGUCUGAACGGCUGCAACCCUCUAAUGCUGCGUCAGACCCGCCUCCUCCCUCCGCGCCUGUCCGUCACCUCCGACAUGCUCCGCCCCUUCCUGCCUGAAGACUCCUCCCUCGAGAAGGAGCUGCAGAAAGGAACCGUUUACCUGUUGGACUACGAGGUGUUGGACGGCGUCGCCGGCAACGUGAUCAACGGGAAGCAGACGUACCUGUCGGCCCCGCUGUGCCUCCUCCACCUGAACCGGCAGCAGCAGCUGGUCCCCAUCGCCAUCCAGCUGCAGCAGACACCCGGCCCUGACAACCCUGUCUUCCUCUCCUCUGACCCCGGCUGUGAUUGGCUGUUGGCUAAGAUUUGGGUUCACAGUGCAGACUUCCAGUGUCACCAGCUGAUGUCUCACUACCUGAGGACCCACAUGCUGGGGGAGCUGUUCUGCAUGGCCACGCUGCGACAGCUGGCCGACAUCCACCCGCUGCACCAGCUGCUGAUGCCGCACGUCAGGACAGCGCUGCAGAUUAAUUUCCAGGCCAGAGCGUGGCUGCUCGCCAAAGACGGCCUGUUUGAUAAGGCGGUGGGCUGCGGUCUCCAGGCGUUACCCAUUGUCCUGUCCCGGGCGUCGCAGAGGAUUCAUUAUCGCUCCCUGUGCAUCCCUGAAGAUCUAAGCGACCGUGGAGUUGACACGCUGCCGCAGAACUACUAUGCCCAGGACGCACUGAGAGUCUGGCACGCACUGCACAGGUUCGUGGUCAGCUGGGUGGAUCUGUAUUACAGCGCAGACAGUGACGUGCAGCAGGACUCUGAGCUUCAACACUGGAUCGACGACAUCAACACACACGGAUUCACACACGACUCAGGUUUCCCCCGGGUUUUCCAGACCAAAGCAGAAGUUUCCAAGUUUGUCACCAUGAUCGUCUUCACCUGUUCAGCUCUUCACGCCGCUGUCAACUUCUCCCAGGUGGAUUUCAGCCUCUGGAUGCCGAACUGUCCCACCUCCAUGAUGCGUCCUCCUCCGCAGGUCAAAGGCUCGGUGACGGAGGAAGACAUUGUGUCCUUCCUGCCGGAAGUGAGCUCCACCUGCCGCGUCCUGAUGAUGUUGGCUCAGCUGUCCAAGCCCUCUGUUGACUUUGUCCCUCUGUGUCACUACAAGGAGGCCUUGUUCAGGGACGACGCCCAUCGCAGGCUACUGGAGGAGGUGCAGGCUGAGCUCAAGACCGUUUCUGAAGACAUCUGCGAGCGCAACAGUGGUCUGGAGCUGCCGUACCCGUACCUGAUUCCCCGGCUCAUCGACAACAGCGUGGGCAUUUAAAACUCAGCACAGACGAUGUGUUCAAAGAAACAUGUAAACAGCAGCAUGUGAUCUGCAUUUAUUUCUGAUGGAAAAUGUUCACGUGUAGCAUGAUGAAAUACUGUAGUUGAUGUAAACAGUUCAGUAUGUGACCAAUUCAUUUACAUGAUAUGACAAUAAACUCAACAGACAAGAGAAUAAUACUGAAAUAAAUUAAAUUAAAUAAA